CCUGCACUACGUAUGCCAAACCCGACUUUAUUUCAGACCGAGGCGACAACGUUCGUUUCCACUGUGCCGCAAUCGACGAGGCGGGCAUCCAAACCACUUUGGUGGGUGCCACAUGGCUACCGCGCUCGGCGCGAAAAUGGCGGGGUCGCGCAGAACAAUGCCAACUUCCUCCCUUCAGCAGCUACCACCCCCCCACCAUCCACCACCUCCAAGGCUCCGACCAUGCCGCCCAAGCAGAAGGGCGGUGCCAAGGCCAACAAUCCCGAGCCUCAAGCCCCCAGGCCCGUCAUCGAGACCGUCCAGGACCGAUCGCGCGUGCGCUUCUACCAGACCAACCCCGUCGAAAAGCGCUUCGAGGAAGUUGGCUUGCCCGGCCUGACCCCAGCCGAGAAGAAGACAUACGUCCAUUCGCGGCUUCUGCAGCCUGUCGCGCAGCACAAGGUCCCGUUGACAAACAAGACCGAGCGCGAGUUCUGGAAGCAGGUUACCAAGGAGGCUCUCCCUGUCCGCCGCCUCGCGAAGAGCUACAACUGGGGCGCAGACCGUAGUGGACGAGACUUUGGGUCGUACAAACUUGAGGAGUUCCAGCAGCGUAGCCUCAAGCAAGCUCGGCUGACGGCUCUCGACAUCCUGCACCGCGGCUUUCUCGCAAAGAGAGACCUUGCACAGCGCCAAGGACUGAACUUGGACACCGAGGACAUUGAGAACGAGAAGAAGAGGCGAAACGAGAUGGCAGCUCUGAAGCGAGAACUCUACGGCGAAAUUCCCGGGCCGCUGGCCAACGACCCUGAGUGGGAUGACGUGAUUCCCAUACCCCAGAAUGAACCAGAGGAUGCCUUGGCCAAGAUUGCCUAUCCCGAUGAUUAUGCGGAGGCCGUUUCAUACCUCCGCGCCGUCAUGGCGGUUGAGGAAUGCUCUCCUCGGUGUUUGCGGCUGACAGAGCUCGUCAUAUCCAUGAACCCUGCGCACUACACUGUCUGGCUCUACCGCUUCAAGAUCGUAUCCACCCUGAAGCUGUCGGUGCCAGAGGAGAUUCAGUGGCUGAAUGAGGUCGCCUUGAACAACCUUAAGAACUACCAGAUCUGGCAUCACCGACAGCUGCUCUUGGAUUAUUACUAUCCGACAAUUGCCUCUGACGAGGAUGCAGUCAAGAAACUGGGCAGGUCUGAGACAGAGUUCAUCGCCACGAUUCUCGCAGAGGACACCAAGAAUUACCAUGUCUGGUCCUACCGGCAGUACUUGGCCGAGAAGUUGGGUCUAUGGACGCCGAGCGAGCUAGGCACCACGCAGAGCAUGAUUGAGGACGAUGUUCGCAACAACUCGGCAUGGGCGCAUCGCUUCUUCUUGGUGUUUUCGGACCCCAAGGUGUCCACCCCAGAUCUUCCACCAACGUCUCACGACCCCAAGGUACCCGAUUCGAUCAUCGACAGAGAACUCGCCUACGCGAAAGAGAAGAUUCUCCUGGCUCCGCAGAACCAAUCAGGUUGGAACUACUUGCGGGGUGUCCUCGCCAAGGGAGGUCGCCCUGUCGUCGAUGUGAGUGACUUUGCGGAGCAGUUCGUCACAGGACUUGGCCAGGACGACGAACAGGUCCAGAGCUCGCAUGCCCUGGACCUCUUGGCGGACGUGUUCAAGGACAAGGGCGACAAGGACAAGGCGAAGCUGUGCCUGCAGAGGCUUCGGGAGAAAUGGGAUCCCGUGCGGGAGGGAUACUGGAAGUACCGGGUGGCCGAGAUGGACAAGUCCACGGUGUAGACGGAUUGCGGCAGUAUUGGGUACUACAUGACUAC